GGCGGAGAGCCCAUUUCAGACUAGUACCGGACACCGAUAGAGGUGGAAGCAAUACGACUGUGAGUUUAACUUCCCUAUUAUUCCAUCGCAGCCAUCGAGUCACCUUCUGUGCCAGUGUGUAUAAAGGUUGACAACGUUUGAAAACUAGUGAAGCUGCUAGGAAAAUCUAGUUCUGUCUAGUAUAUUUUGAAAGAGCAUUCGGAAACCAGUGUAACAAGAAAUGAUGAAGUCGGUCUUCUUUGGAGUGGUAGCCAUCACCGUAGCCAUCCUGUCCAUCUACCAGGAAACGGCCCAGGCCCAGGAACAAACAGUAGGAGCAACCGAUAAUUACCAGUGGGACAGCGUCGAUGAUCAGUGCCUGGCAGCAUUGCACCGCCAGAUCAACAAGGAAUUCGAUGCGUCGAUCAUCUACCUGAAGUAUGCCGCCUAUUUUGCCCAGGAAAAGAUCAACCUGCCCGGGUUCGAAAAGUUUUUCUUCCACGCCGCCGCUGAAGAGCGGGAGCACGGCAUCAAGCUGAUCGAGUACGCUCUUAUGCGUGGAAAGGCUCCCGUCGACAAGCACUUCAAGCUGAACUACGACCACGAGGUGCCAACCGUCACCACUGGUGAAUCCGCUCUGGAAACCGCCCUACAGAAGGAGGUAGAAGUGACGAGGAGCAUCCGCGGAGUCAUCAAGGCCUGCGAAGAUGGCAGCAAUGACUUCCACUUGGCCGACUACUUGACCGGCGAAUACCUGGACGAACAGCACAAGGGACAGCGCGAGCUGGCCGAGAAGAUCGCCACGCUUAAAAAGAUGAAGAAGAGCGCUCCCAAGCUGGGCGAGUUCCUGUUCGACAAGAACCACAUGUAAAACGCGAGGCAGUAUGGGCGACAGGAGUGCGACGGUGCUUCACUGUGUCAUCAUUCUAGUUUAGGAGAAGCGAUCUUGUUAUCUUUGGAGAUUUCGAACCGAUGAAGACCACCGGAAAAUGCUUGAAUAAUAACAAUACAAUAGACUUAACGCACUCCUAUUGGAUCUCGUUCUAUCUUUUAGUUGUGUAUUUUUUUUAUUUCCUCUCUCAAGUGACGUCCUCAAUUUCCUUGUGGUUCCGUGGUGCUCUGAAUUGGUGGUCACACGUGUGACGUAAGAUUCGUCAUUCAAUUGGCGUAAUAUUCAACUAUAAUUUAUGUAGAUACAUGAUGUGAAUCCGUUAGAUUGUAGAGCUGUCGAGUGACACAAACUUUCCAAUAAAUUUAAAUGGUUCUUCAAGA